AUGUUCCAACAGAUGCCACAAGUGAAGCAAAUGGCUGUGGAGAAUCACUCUUCAGUGACCGAGUUCAUUCUCAUUGGAUUAACAGACCAACCCGAGUUCCAGCUGCCUUUUUUUGUCCUGUUCUUACUGAACUACUCAGCCACUAUGUUGGGAAACUUAAGUUUAAUGAGCCUCAUUUGUCUGAAUUCACAUCUUCAUACUCCAAUGUAUUUUUUUAUCUUCAAUCUGUCUUUCAUUGAUUUCUGUUAUUCCUGUGUCUUUACCCCCAAAAUGCUGAUGAGUUUUGUUUCUGAGAAGAACACCAUCUCCUUCACAGGAUGCAUGACUCAGCUGUUUUUUUUCUGCUUUUUCGGUAGUGUUGAGUGUUAUGUGCUGACAGCCAUGGCCUAUGAUCGCUAUGCAGCCAUCUGUCAGCCUCUCAUGUACACGAUAGUCAUGUCCCCUAGGCUCUGUUCCCUGCUGAUGUUUGGUUCAUACUUGAUGGCCUUUGCUGGUGCUAUGGCCCACACUGGAUGCAUGAUCAGGCUCCACUUUUGUGACUCUGACAUCAUCAACCACUACAUGUGUGACAUCAUUCCCCUUCUCCCACUUUCCUGCAGUAGCACCUAUGUCAAUGAGCUUGUGAGUUCUAUUGUAGUUGGCACUGUAGUUUUAGUAUCUAGCGUUGUUAUCCUAACCUCAUAUGCUUUGAUUCUUCUUAGUAUUUUUCGUAUGCCAUCAGCUAAGGGUUGGUCAAAAGCCAUGAGCACUUGUGGGUCGCACAUAAUUGCUGUUAGUCUACUUCAUGGUUCUGGUUUGCUCACUUAUAUUAAGCCGACAUCUGCUGAGACUGUGGACCAGGGGAAAUUUUUCUCAGUGUUUUACACUCUUGUUGUGCCCAUGUUGAAUCCUCUUAUCUAUAGCCUCAGGAACAAGGAUGUCAAACUUGCUAUGAAGAAAACCAUAAAGAGAAUUGCAAACUAA